CGGCCCUCGCGGCGCACCGGAAGCGGCCGGCGGCGCGUGACUGCGUGCGACUCUUUGCGCAAGCGCAACAGUCCAGCUCUAGCUCAGGGGCGGGCCCAUAGGAGCAGCUUAAAGGCUCAGACAGGGCCUGCUAAGGCGGACGGACUGCUUCCGGCUAGAGGUUCCGGGAGGAGGAGGAAGCUGCGCCCGCCCGCGGUGGGAGGCCCGGGUCGCUUAGUCCCGGGGCUUUGCCGUAGGGCGUUCAGUUUUCCACACUUGUGGCAAAACAAGCCAAGAGGAGGAACAGACACAGUCCUGGUGGUGUGGCCCAGCCCUUAUUCUGCGGAGAUGGCAAACAAGGGGAACAAGAAACGUCGGCAGUUCUCCCUGGAGGAGAAAAUGAAAGUUGUGGAAGCUGUAGAUUCAGGCAAGAGGAAAGGCGAGGUAGCAAAAGAAUUCGGUAUCACUCCUUCUACUUUGUCUACAUUCUUAAAGGAUCGCACCAAAUUUGAAGAAAAGGUGCGGGAGGCGUCUGUGGGACCCCAGCGGAAAAGGAUGAGGAACGCUCUAUAUGACGACAUUGAUAAGGCUGUUUUUGCUUGGUUUCAAGAAAUCCAUGCCAAAAACAUUCUCGUGACUGGCUCUGUCAUUCGGAAAAAAGCACUAAACUUGGCCAACAUGCUUGGCUAUGACAAUUUUCAAGCAAGUGUGGGCUGGCUGAACAGAUUUAGGGAUCGCCACGGAAUUGCAUUGAAAGCAGUCUGUAGAGAGGAUAGUGACAGAUUAAUGAAUGGUCUAGGAAUAGAUAAGGUUAACGAGUGGCAUGCAGGGGAAAUUAUAAAACUGAUUGCUGACUACAGCCCAGAUGAUAUCUUUAAUGCUGAUGAGACAGGAGUGUUUUUCCAGUUGCUUCCCCAGCACACACUUGCUGCUAAAGGGGACCAUUGUAGAGAGGGCAAGAAAGCAAAGCAGCGGUUGACAGCACUCUUUUGUUGCAAUGCUUCAGGGACUGAGAAAAUGAGACCAUUGAUUGUUGGUAGGUCAGCCAACCCACGCUGCCUCAAGAACGUCCAUUCCCUCCCUUGUGAUUACCGAGCCAACCAGUGGGCAUGGAUGACGCAGGAUCUGUUUAAUGAGUGGCUGAUACAAGUGGAUGCCAGGAUGAAGGAGGCGGAACGCCGGAUCCUCCUGCUGAUCGACAACUGCUCUGCUCACAACAUGCUUCCACGCUUGGAAAGGAUUCAGGUGGGGUAUCUGCCCUCAAACUGUACUGCUGUCCUGCAGCCACUGAAUCUUGGCAUAAUUCACACCAUGAAAGUACAGUACAGGAGCCACCUUCUAAAACUGAUCCUCCUCAAGCUCAACAGCAAUGAGGAUCAAGAAAAAGUGGACAUCAAGCAGGCCAUUGACAUGAUUGCUGCAGCAUGGUGGUCAGUCAAGCAGUCCACAGUGGUGAAAUGCUGGCAGAAGGCAGGCAUCAUCCCUAUGGAACUGACAGAUUCUAACACAGAAGCAGCAGCCAGUGAACCAGAUAUUGCCAUUGAAAAGUUGUGGCACUCAGUGGCUAUUGCCACCUGUGUCCCAAAUGAAAUAAAUUUCCAGGACUUUGUCACUGCAGAUGAUGAUCUCAUCAUCUCUCAGGAGCUGAUGAACACAGAGAUCAUCCAGAGCAUGGUGGCUGGUGAAAAUACUGAUGAAGCUGGAAGUGAAGAUGAGGGAGAGGCAUUUUUACCACAGCAGCCAAAAAUCACCAUCACAGAGGCCAUCUCAAGUGCACAGAAACUUAGACGGUUCCUUUCCACUUGUGUAGGCGUUCCUGAUGCCAUUUUUGGACAGCUAAAUGGCAUAGAUGAAUACUUAAUGAGAAGAGUGACACAAACUCUUAUUGACUCCAAAAUUACUGAUUUCCUUCAAACAAAAUAAUGUAGGAAUUAACUGCCUCUUUUAAUUUAGAAGAUGUAGUUUACAAGAAUAAAGAUCUUUAGAUAGGAUAUUGAAGUUAAAUUUUAAGCAAUAUUAUGAUGACAACAUUCCAGUCCUCUGAAAUAAUCAGGAAACUUCCUUGAAUGGAAUUUGGAAAUGCAAUUUGACUAAGAUACGUGUUCUCUUUUGAUUAAUCCAAUGGUUUCCAAACUCGUCUUAGGAUCACUUGAGGAUCUUUAAAAAAUUUCCCAAGCCUAGGCUUUUUCCCAGACCAAUUAAAUCACAGUCUCUGGUGCUGGGUCACAGGCACUAGUAGUUUUGGAAGCUCCCCAGGUAAUUCCAAUGUGCAGAAAAGUUUGAAAACUACUGAAUUAACCACAGGAAAGUCAAGCACACUAUGAGUCUGGAGCCAAUUUUUUCCCAAUACGUCUAGCUCAGCGGUUUCCAAAUUUUAGCUCACUUCAGAAUCACAUGGAAGGCUUGCUAAAAGCCAGAUUGCUGGGCUCCGCCUCCAGAGUUUCUGAUUUAGUGGAGGGGCCCAAGAAUUUUCAUUUCUAACAAGUUCCCAGGUGAUGCUGAUGCUGAUGUGGUCUGUGGUCCAUACUUUGAGAACCACUGGUCUAGCUAGAUUCUAGCACUUUUCUCUUAAGCUGGCCAUCCGAAUACUCCCAAUCACUAACUGUCAAAAAAAAAAAAAAAAAAAAGCAGCAGCUAUUCUUACUCCAGAGCUCUUAACUCCUCUCUGCCACUUUGGUAACUCUAGAACAUUCUUAGCUAUUCUCUUGACUGCCCCGUCAGUUAGCCAAGUACUCAGUAGAGGUACGUCUAUCUGUGCCCAAAGAAUUACCAGGAGCCAUCUAGCAUAUUAAAACAUGUUGUAGUGCUACAGGCUUAUUAUCAAUAGGGAGCUGGGGUACAGGGAAAUAAAGCACAUUAAAGAGGAAACAUGAUACAAUCUGGGAGGCACGGUAUAAUAUCUGAGAAUCCUGUUAAUCAGGAUCGUGGGAGAGAACAUACAGCCCAGUGUGCCUCUCAGUGUCCAGACAAGGUUAGAAGGAAGUUUGUGAGAGAGGUGACGUGUCAGAGUGUUUGGAUCACCCACUAUUUGGAUUAUUUGCUCUGCUCCUCUGUGUGGAUUUCCUGUGGAUAAUCCAGCCUGGGCCAUGUAAUUAAGAUGAGGGCACACUGUUUGCCUUCACUAAAAUUACUUCAUAAAUUGCCUUUAUUCCUUCGUAUUUGUUCUUCAGAGAAGUCUGCUAGAGAAGAGUUGAUUUUAAGUUAUUUAAAACUAGAUAAAUUUAUAAUCAGAUUUAUAUUAGUUUUCUCCUAUAGAGAAGGCAUUCUUAAUACCCUGUAUAACCCUAGUAUCUAUUCCUAAUAAGUCAGAUAAAUGUUAGUUUCAUUUUUUAGAAGAUACAUACACAAUACCUGCCAGUGUUGUAGUGCACCGUAGUACCCCCUUAUCCAAAGUCUCGCUUUCUGCAGUUUCAGUUACCUGCAGUCAGCUAUGGUCUGAAAAUAUUAAAUGGAAAAUUCCAGAAAUAAACAGUCAUAAGUUUUAAAUUGUG